UCAUUUAAAAUCUCUCCGUCUCCAAAAUAGUCUCAGCGCCGGAGAAAGAGAUGUUCAGAAUCAAAAUUCUAAGAAACACAGUCUCUCGAUCUCACCCACAAGCCUUUUCUCGAACAUCGUCUCUCUUAUCGACAUGGUACUCUCCAGAAUCUAUCUCUCCUCCUCCACAAGCAGACGACGACGAUGAUCCAGUUCUCGUCAAACUCUCAAUUGCCAUCAGAGAUUCAAACUCUUCGUUUACGUCAUCCCCCUCUCUCAGGAACCUCCUGCCCUCUCUCACCGCUCGUCACGUCCUCGAUCUCAUCAACCGCAACCCUCUCUCCCUCCCGCACCAUUCCAUCUUCGCUUUCUUCAAAUUCAUCUCAUCCCAGCCUGGGUUUCGCUUCACCGUCGACUCCUACUUCGCCAUGGCUCGUUUCCUCGCCGUCCACAAGAUGUUCGACGAAGCGCAGUCGCUCAUCGCGCUCGUCGUCUCUCGGAAAGGGAAAAACUCAGCUUCUUCUGUUUUCGUUUCUGCGUUGGAAACGAGAGGAAGCGAUUUUCUUGUCGAUGCGUUGAUGAUGGCCUACACUAAUGCAGGGUUCGUACCCGAUGCGAUUCAGUGCUUCAGGCUAUCUCGGAAGCAUAAGUUUACAGUUCCGAUUCGUGGCUGCGGCAGCUUGCUCCAUCGGAUGAUGAAGGUGAACCCUACCGAGACUGUUUGGGGAUUCUAUAUGGAGAUUUUGGAUGCUGGUUAUCCUUCGAAUGUUUACGUUUUCAAUAUCUUGAUGAACAAGUUUUGUAAAGAAGGCAAAAUGUGUGAUGCGCAGAAGGUGUUCGACGAAAUUACUAAGAGGAGUUUGCGUCCUACAGUGGUUAGUUUCAACACUUUGAUUAAUGGGUACUGUAAAGCCGGAAACUUGGAUAAAGGGUUUAGGCUGAAAGAGCGUAUGGAGAGAGGUAGAACACGUGCUGAUGUUUUCACAUAUAGUGCCUUGAUUAAUGCGUUGUGUAAGGAGAACAAAAUGGACGGAGCGCAUGGGUUGUUUGAUGAGAUGUGUGAGAGAGGGUUGAUUCCGAAUGAUGUUGUUUUCACGACUUUGAUUCAUGGUCAUAGUAGGAACGGACGGAUUGACUUGAUGAAAGAAAGUUAUCAGAAGAUGUUAAGUAGAGGUCUUCAGCCUGAUAUUGUUCUGUAUAAUACUUUGGUGAAUGGUUUUUGCAAGAACGGUGAUUUGGUGGCUGCGAGGAACGUUGUUGAUGGAAUGAUUCACAGAGGUCUCAGGCCUGACAAAGUUACGUACACAACUCUUAUAGAUGGGUUUUGUAGAGGAGGAGAUGUAGAUGCAGCGCUGGAGAUAAGGAAGAAAAUGGAUCAGAAUGGGAUAGAACUCGAUAGGGUGGGGUUUUCAGCGCUAAUUUGUGGAAUGUGUAAAGAAGGAAGAGUCGUUGAUGCUGAAAGAGCUUUGAGGGAGAUGCUGCGAGCUGGUAUGAAGCCUGAUGAUGUCAUCUAUACAAUGAUGAUGGAUGCAUUCUGUAAGAAAGGUGAUGUUCAAACCAGUUUCAGAUUGCUUAAAGAAAUGCAGAGAGAUGGGCAUGUUCCUAGUGUUGUGACGUAUAAUGUUCUGCUUAAUGGACUGUGCAAAUUGGGACAGAUGAAGAAUGCUGACAUGUUGCUAGAUGCCAUGCUUAAUAUAGGGGUUGUUCCGGACGACAUCACAUUCAACAUUCUAUUAGAAGGUCACCAUAGACAUGCAAAUUCAUCGAAGCAUUAUAUACCGAAACCUGAGAUAGGGACUGUAGCUGAUUUGGCCUCAUACAAGUCACUAGUCAGUGAGCUCUAUAGAGCUUCAAAAGAACACCGAAACAGAUAAUACCCAAAGAUUGUUCCUGGAUAUACGAGCUAAACUUUUCUAUUAAUCACCAGAGGAUUAGUGUGGAAAAACGGAAGUCCUCUCAUCUUUUGCUGCCUUGUGAUAAGGGUAAGUGGUUCAGAGGGGCAUGAGGGAAAACGACGAAGAAAUCUGAUAAUUGUCGUAGCAUUUUUUAAGGAUGAUCAGUAAGGUACCUUUUGCCGCCUAAGGACAAGCCCAUUUUGUCAGAAACAGACUCUAAAGCUUCCUUCCAUUUCUUGAUCUGUUCCCCGCUUGAACUCUUAGCUAAUCUCCAGAAGUUGCUACCGAACUCAGCCUUUUGGUAUCUCACAGAUGCGGCUUUCACCUUGAAGAAGAU